GCGGCGGCGGCGGAGGCUCCCAAGGACGUCGCCCUGGACGACAUGGAGUGCCCCAGCUUGGACGUUCAGGCCGCGCUGGCACUGGCAGUGCGCCUGUACGGUUUAAGUGGAGGCACGGCGAAAGCGUUGGACGGAUACGACGACAGGAACUUUUGGCUUCAGAACCACGAGGUUGCCGACAACCCCUCCCUGACGGAGGUCGCCGCGGCCGGCUACACCCUGAAGGUUACCAACAGUUUGGACAGCCGGAACUUGGCCUUUCUGGAGGAGCAGACACUACUCAUCUUGCACCUGGCCGAUCACGGCAUGAACUGUCCACGCCCAGUCAGAAACAAAGACGGGAAGAUAUACUCCAUCGAGCAGCUUCGGGAAGGGGGACCUGGCCACGCUGUGCGUCUUUUCGAGUUCAUCCCUGGAGAAACAUUAGGCAAAGUGCCUUGGCAGCCUGACUUUGCCGACCAGGCGGGCCGGGAACUCGCAAGGAUCCACAACGUGGUGGACGGGGUGGACUUCCCCGCCGUCAAGUCCCGCACGACCGAGUGGAGCCUGUGGGAAGCGCCCCGGGUCCUGAAGUACGCCAGCUACGUGGUGGACGAGUCCAGGCGCGCUCUGGUGCAAGAGGUGUUGGAGGCCUUCCAGCGGGACACGGGCGCGCAGGCGGAGUUCCUCCGCGGGGACUCGGGCCUCAUCCACGGGGACUUCAACCAGUUCAACAUAGUGGUGGCGCGCGCGGCCGAGGGGGCCCCGUCGCCGUACUCCGUGACGGGCGUGCUCGACCUCGGCGACUGCCACUGCGCCCCGCGGCUGUUUGACGUCGCGCUCACCGCCGCCUACAUGGCCAUCACCAGCGGGGACGUGCAGGACAUAGCCGGGGUCCUGGUCGGCUACUCUCGGGAGAGGCCUCUGACUCAUGUGGCCCUUGACCUGCUCAAGGUUUGUAUCUGCACCCGUUUGUGUCAGAGCUUAGUAAUGGGAUUGCGAGCUCAUGCUCUUGAACCCCAAAAUACAUAUGUCCUUGACACUCAAAAAAAUGGGUGGCCAGUCUUGCAGGCGUUAUGGAAGGAACCAAAAGGUAAAUAUGAGCAAGAAUGGAAACAGAAAGUACAAAUAGCUUAACUACGACGAUUUUUCUGGAUGAAGAUCUUUUUUUGUAACUCAAGGGUAACUUAUUAAAUAAUAUUGUGCUUGAAAUGUACACCUUAUUAUGUUUUUUAUGAGCUGAA